GGGAAGAGCUUGAAGAUUCAGGACCGGAGCGCUUCGAAUUUGCGGCGAAAAUGGUGAGACCGAGCGAUUUCGAUUCGGCAUUCUCGUCGUUUACUUGCUCGUAGCCAUGCCUAGGGCUUUGACUGUUGUCGAUCUUCUGGUUUUCGGGAACGAACCGGCCAACUCGUUGCGAUUGUACUUGACCUUGCAUCCGGAACACUCUCGAGGCGGCCAUGUGUCUGCAGAACUUUCCUUGUCAAGAAGUUGAGAGGCAUAACAAGCCAGAGGUUGAGCUAAAGACUAGUCCUGAACUUCUGCUAAAACCGAUCUUGAUAUGCAGAAAUGAAGCUGAAAAAUGCUUGAUAGAAACUUCCAUUAAUUCAUUACGAAUAAGCCUCAAGGUAAAGCAGGCAGAUGAACUUGAAAACAUAUUGACCAAGAAGUUCCUAAGAUUUUUGUCUAUGAGGGCAGAAGCAUUUCAGGUGUUGAGGAGGAAGCCAGUACAGGGUUAUGACAUAAGCUUCCUCAUUACGAAUUACCACUGUGAGGAGAUGCAGAAGCAUAAGCUCAUUGAUUUCAUUGUGCAAUUUAUGGAGGAUAUAGAUAAAGAGAUAAGCGAACUCAAGAUGUCUGUUAAUACGCGAGGAAGGCUGGUCGCUGCAGAGUUUCUGAAGCAAUUUAUCUGAUCCUUCUUAUUGUGCCAUUCACUCAUGAAGUUGGCCCUUGAAAGAUUUUGUCAAGCCGAAUUCUGAUAACCUUGUGAUGCAGCCACAAGCUCGGACCUGCAUUGCCAGUCCCUUGCCGAUUGCUGUUUGUGAGUAAAUAGUCAUUUCGAUUUCAGCCAACAAAAAAAAGAAAGGAACCGCAGAUUGUCAGUCAUAUCAUACUGCUUUGAGCAUGAAGAAGACAAGACUUGAUUCUCUUUGCCUGAUUCAAUUGCUGCGUAGUAUUUGGUUUGUUAUUAGAAUUACUUAUCGCUCAGUCUAUUAGUGAACUAUAUUUUCUUA